CUCUUCCACAUGACCCUAAAUCACCCAACUCUCACAAUGAGAAUCUUAUAACAAAUUUUCUCUCGUCAUCAAUAAAUCCAACGGAACCAGAAUCAACAUGCCUCGGAAAGCCCCUAUUCAUCACUUCUCAUACCGCUCCCUAAUCAUCCCACCAAUCCUCCUAGCCGCAGCAACCAUUGUCGCUCUCUUCCUCCACUCAGACGUCAACUUUGCUCUUCUCUGGUCCCAAUGCCACUCUCACGCUCGUCUUCCCGGUGUUAGUCGCAUUCCAGGUCUCGGUACGCCUCUAUGCUACCUCAUCAGCUUCUUCCGCGCCGCGCUUCACUCACUACGCAGUCGCGCUGUUAUGGGCGUUGUACUGGCCUUUAUCGGCGGUCUUUUGACAGUGAGCACCGUUGAAUCAGCGCGUAUUUGUAACGCGCCGAAUGUUCUCAUCGCCUAUCCUACUGGUCCGUGGUUGGUGUUUGAUCUUGUGGGCGGUGCUGUUGUUUGGGAGCUUGUUAUUAUUCCUGCGUUUCUGCAUCGCGCAAGAAGUGUUUUGAAUGCACAGAGGAGAGAUGACGGUGGUGAUGUCCAUCAGAUCUUUACGAGUCGUCAUCUCCCUGAUAGUGAGCUCGUGGCUAUUCCUAUCAGUGUGGCCCUUGGUUACUUUCUUCCGUCUUUUCUUAUGCUGUUCUAUACAACUCCCGAGACGAUUGGCAUCUGGCUCUUCUUUCCGAUCUAUGUCGAAGUCAUUCGCCAAAUCAUUCGUCACACUAUCUUCGCUCUGAGGAGAGUUGACCCAACCCUCGUCCAUCUCGCAUCGAAUCGAUGGUCUCUGCUGUUUGUUUACAUGCUGCCCAUCGUCUGCUCGAUUCUAGCGCAUGUUUCUUUCAUCUGGAGCUUGACUCGACCUGACGACCGCAAAGAAAUGACGAGAUCAAUCAUUGUCUUUAUUGAAGUCAACGCCCAGUUCAUCUUCUGGACCGUUCUGUACUGGAUGUUGGUGGAGGUUGGGUGGCGGGUUCCUUUGGCAACAAUCAUCACUUCCAUUGUGGUUGGACCUGGUGCUGGAACGUGCGUUGGAUGGAUAUACCGAGAGAAGCUCAUUCAUCACGACAAUGAGGAAGACAAUGGAGAUGAGAAUGCUGCUCAACCAGACGAGGAAACUCCUCUGUUGCAAUGA